GUAUCAUCAUAUUUGCACUAUCUAAUUCAAGCUAGCGGACCGAAUCGCGUAUAUAAAGACUAAAAGUUUGAGUUCCAGACAUCAGAUCACAUUUGCAACCUCAUUCCUAACUUCAAAGUCCAAAGCUUCAACUCAAAUCCUCAUCAUCAUCAUGCAGUCUGCUCUCGUUUUCUUGGCCCUUGUCGCCGUCGCUUCCGCCGGACUCGUUUCGUCUCCAGUUGCCUACUCUGCCGGAACUUAUCUGACCCGAGCCCCAGCUUUCGAUUCUGCGGUCAUCAAGAGCGACCGACUUGGAGGAAACUUUGCAUAUUCGGUUGCUGAGAGCCACGCCUAUGCUGCCCACACCCCAAUCGUCCAACAUGUCACCUCCCCCGUUGGAGUCACUUACUCUGCUGGAGCCCCAGUCGUGACCGGAUACAGAAGCCCAGCCGUCCACGCCUAUGGUUACAACGCUGCCCCACUUGCCUACAACGGAUAUGGAGCUUACGGGUACUCUGCCCCAGCUUAUUACAACACUCUCGGAUAAGAAUUUGUUCAGCCAAAAUCGCUAGUUCUUAAAUUAUUCAUGUAUUUUCAUCUGUGAUUCUUUACUUUCGGUUAGUCCACAACAUAAUUGAAAAAAACAUAGUAUUUUUAUACAGUUUUGUAUAUGCUCAGAUAUUUCGAAAAUUGUAAAUUCAAAACUUAUUAUUGUGUUCAAAAUUGAAAAAUAAAUAUUCGGUUUCAUGACCCAGUUGUAAUCAAAAUUA